UGGCAAUCGAAUAGAUGGUCUUUAAUAUUUUGAAAUAAGGAUAAUAAAGCCUGUGUUGUUCGAAUGUCUGAACGCCGAGAUUCCACGUGUCAAAAACAUGAUUUGCCGAAAUCAUUGCAAGGUACAGAGGAUGCCGAGUUCGUUUGGAGUAUGAUAACUGAAAGAUUUCCAAAUGCUGCACCGCUUUUAUGUGAAAUGGAAGCAGUUAUCGAUCGAGCAGAAGAUCUUCUCCAACAACUGAGAGCACCUUGUCGUGAAAUUGAGACAUCAACCUCUUUUUGCACACAAGAUUCGGAAGAAUCAACUGCAAUGAUUUCCGCUAAGGAAUCAGCUACCGAAAACGACAUUGUAGAAAGUGAUACCAUAAACAAAAACGUGGCAGAAACACAAGUUUCUGAAACUAGUAUGUAUGCAACGGAAAUCAAUUUGAAUAAGAGUCAAGAUUCAGUUAUUAAAGAACAGGAUACCGAAAGUCAAUCGCUUGAUUUGAUUACGCUAAAUCAUUCUAAUAUACGGAAACAUUCUAGUGAUGAAUCUUCUUUAGUUACUAUUGAAACAAAUAACUAUCAAAUAAUAAAAGAGGCACAUAGCUUAGAAGAAUGGGGUAAAAUAGUAGAUAAUGCUCUACGAGAAGAUUCUGACGAGGUACAAUCUGUUAAAAAAACAAUUAAUAUGUUCGAAAAACGUGUCAAUUGUGAAGAAACAAAAACAGACAAGCACGAGGACUCUUGCAUUAUUCUGCAUCGUCAAGAAAUAGAUGCUGGUGAUUCUGUUAUACAAAUUACUUCCGAACGAAACAUGAAACCUCAAAAAUUAAUCGAAAUUAAUGAUGGAAUAAAUGUUUCAAUCAAAGGUAGUGGUGAUGAAAAUUCACCAAUAGUUGACCUACGGACGCCGUUAAACAUCUUAGAAACUUAUGCAAAACGUUGCAGAACCUCGAUCGAAUAUGAAUAUAACGAAAGUCCGCAUCGUCUCAAAUCAAGCGUUUAUGUGAUACGUGGAAAUCUUGGUGGAUUUGCUGCAACAUGUAGAGGUUUCUCCGAAGAAUCAACCAAAAACGAUCUGGCCGCGACAAUUCUGCAAAUGAUUGCAAAUAAACAAAUGAAGGACGAAAAACUUGGUACGCUCGCCGAUCUUACACGUGAAGAAUUGUUAGAGAUAAUUAAUCUAGGCAUGGACGGUCUGAGAGAAACUGCACAAAGAAAGUUAUACCAACUUUGCCUUGAAAAAGACGUUUCGGUUCCAAAAUAUACUGUAGAAAAAGAGAAAACGUAUCAGGGUUUAACUUAUGUCGCCACUUGUUCCGCCCUAGGUUACACUAGCGAAGGUCGUGGCUUGAGAGAAUGCGUGGCCAAGAAAGCAGCCGCUGAUGAAUUGUACCAUCAAUACUAUGAAGAUCAGAAGGCAAGACUGAAGGUAAGCUUUUUUUUUUUUUUUUUUAUAAUAUUAUGGUAUCUUAGUAACGAUCCAAGGCAAUUGACCGGUUUUCUUGAAAGACCAAUAGUCGUAAAGUACUCUGUAGAACUUAUCCAAAAUAUAUGUCCUCUUUUACCAGCAGAGGUCCUAGUAACGGAUGCAGUCUUUAUGAAAAAGAAUUCACAUGGAUAUCCAUAUAACACUAAAGACUGUUACAAAUCUAUAAGUUUUCUGAACACGCACCCUAAUCGCUUUCACCCUGUGUGGCUAAUACGUUACGCUAAUAUAACACAAACUUGUUGCAGAUUAAUGUCAGGCAUUGCGAUUGCUAGGCUCGCCGAAGAGCGAAAAGCAUGGAGGAAAGAUCAUCCUUUCGGAUUUGUAGCACGACCAGUUAAAAAUCAAGAUGGAUCUCUUAACUUGAUGAAUUGGGAAUGUGCCAUACCAGGAAAAAAAUCUACACCAUGGGAAGGUGGAUUAUAUAAACUACGUAUGAUUUUUAAGGAUGACUAUCCCUCCAGUCCACCAAAAUGUAAAUUUGAACCUCCUUUAUUUCACCCAAAUGUCUAUCCUUCAGGAACAGUAUGUUUAUCACUCUUAGAUGAAGAGAAAGAUUGGAGACCUGCCAUUACAAUUAAACAAAUUCUACUUGGUAUACAAGAUUUAUUAAAUGAACCUAAUGUCAAAGAUCCAGCUCAAGCAGAAGCAUAUACAAUAUAUUGUCAAAAUCGCUUGGAAUAUGAAAAGCGUGUGAGAGCUCAAGCCAGAGCAAUGGCUCCGCAGGAAUAAAAUUGAGUCUCAUUAAAUUCAAAUAUUCCAAUUACAUGAAGAGGUUAUCAUAUAUCUAUAGUAUAUUCUAAUAAUGAUCUACAUUUCUUAUCUUUUUUAUAAGUAACAUUAGCAUAUGAUGUAGCUAAUUUACUAUUAUUUGCAUUUUUGUUUUUGUUGACAAAAUUCUUAUAUAUACACAUAUUCUUUAAAAACAACACUAAUCUCAUUAAGAUAUAAAAAAAUAUCCUAUUCUGAUUCUGAUGAAAAAUAUUGAAAAAUUUUACAUAAUAUCACAAUAAAUUAUGUUAUCACUUAUUAGUAAAAUGUGGAAAGCAUUUCUUUUUUAAGUUAAAAAAUUUAAUUCUUAAGGCUUAGUGACAAUUAUUGAUAAGUCGUGAAAAUAAGAUAUGUAAGAAAAUUAAAAAACGUGAUAUAGUUUCAAAACAUCUAUUCAUUCUGCAGAUUUUAAACUGUCAAUAUCAAAAAAAAAAAAAAAAAAAUGUAUUUAAAAAUCUCAUAAGCAUUGUACAAAUCGUAAAAUAAAGUAUUCCAA